AUUGUGACGUGUGUGGUGUGAUGCUUUCUGUUAGACAUCACUUUGGACGUUUGCAGGAUAAAAUACCUAAGAUAUCCGGUUCACCGAGAUUAUCUCGGUUUUUUGUUUGUUUGUUUGUUUGUUUGUUUGAUUGAUUGAUUGAUUGUUUGUUUUUUAUUAUGCUCCCGUUCCUCAAGGCCUAGCAUCCUACUGCUGAACUAACACCCGGAACUACCUCUAAUCUUUGCCAUUGGACAAUCGGUGACAUAGGAGAACAGAUUUCCUGAAGUCUUCACUAAAAACUAGUGUUUGAAAUGGAAAGCCAGAGGCAGAUAAUCGAGAGACUUCGGGCUGCAUUCCAGUCAGGUGUGACAGCACCCCUUCAGUUCCGUCUGACUCAGCUGAAGUCUCUUCUUUCCCUGCUUGAGGACAAUGAGCCACAGAUCUUGGAGGCAUUGCAGAAAGACCUCGCCAAGCCCAAGUUUGAAGCAGUGCUGUCCGAGAUUGACAUGGUGGUAAAUGAUCUUUGCUAUACCAUCAAUAGCUUGCCCACCUGGAUACAACCCAGCUAUGUGGGCAAAAACUUGGCCACAAAGCUUGAUGACUGCUUUGUCCGUAGAGAGCCGUUAGGAGUCGUUUUGAUCAUUGGAGCAUGGAAUUAUCCGCUGCAGCUCAUUCUGGCACCACUAAUUGGUGCUAUUGCUGCAGGCAACUGUGCCAUUCUGAAGCCAUCUGAGAUAAGCCGGGCGACAGAGAGACUUCUCGCACAGCUCAUACCGAAGUACCUGUCUCAGGAGUGCUUUGCUGUUAUUUGUGGAGGAGCAGAAGAAACCAAAUCAUUAUUAGAGAACAGAUUUGAUCAUAUCUUUUACACAGGCUCCCAAGCUGUGGCACGCUCCAUCCUCCAGGCGGCAGCAGUGCACCUCACCCCUGUCACUCUAGAGCUGGGCGGCAAGUGUCCAUGCCUGAUCUACGGCCGGCUGGACAUGUUGGCCGCAGCCAAAAGGCUGGUGUGGUCCAAGUUCUUCAAUGCUGGACAGAGCUGCGUGGCCCCAGACUAUGUUCUGUGCACACCGGAGAUGCGGGAAGAGCUGCUUCCUGCUAUUGCCAAGGCUUUGUCCAUCUUCUACGGGUCUCAGCCGAAGCAGAGUGAGGAUUUUAGCCGUAUCGUGACGGACAGGCACUGGGACAGGCUCAUGGCCCUCCUGGGCAAGACCCAAGGGAGAGUGGUUAUGGGAGGAGAGGGUUCGAAAGAGGACAAGUACUUUGCUCCUACUGUGGUCGUUGAUUUGGAUGGAUCAGAUGCCCUGAUGCAGGAGGAGAUUUUUGGCCCCAUUAUGCCUAUUCUCACCAUAGAGUCUCUAGAGCAGGGUAUUACCUUCAUCAACCAGAGGGAAAAGCCCUUGGCUCUUUACGUCUUUUCUGACGAAUCUCAGGUUGUGAAUAUGGUGCUGGAGAGAACCAGCAGUGGAGGGUUCUGCUCUAAUGAUGGAAUAGUUCACAUGACGCUUCCCGGUUUGCCUUUUGGAGGAGUGGGGGCCAGCGGAAUGGGCAGUUACCACGGCCGCUGGACCUUCGAGACGUUCAGCCACAGGCGUGGCUGUAUGCUGCGGGGCUGGGGGCUCGAGCGCAUUAGCAUGUUGCGCUACCCGCCCUACACGGAAAGCAACCUCAGCUGGCUACGGUGGGCCACCUCAGCCAAAAAGAAGAGCUGGGGAGUAUGCAGUGUGAUGUGAGGGCUGACUUAUGUUUGGCUUUGGUGAAGAGUUUUCAUAACAAGGGCUCACUUAACAGUUGGUCAAGAGAAGGAAACUAGCCAUGCAAAAAAGAAAAACAAACAAAUAAAAAACCCAUCCAAACACAAAAGCAUGCAAGAAAUAAAAGCCACACGUGCUCAAUUAGUGUUUUUGAAUGGCAUUGUAAAAGGGGCCAUCUUGUUUGUGUUCAUUAGACAAUGGUUGUAAUGAGGAAUUGCUUCUCUUCCCCCUCCCCCCCACCC